GUGUCUGAAUGGAUUUUGAGAUCUCUGGAUCUGACAGCCUUAGACUUCAAGUCCAUUGAGCAGCCUCUCAAUGAACUCGAACGCCAUCUUACUCUUCGGUCUUUCAUUGUUGGAUACUCCCUUACUCUGGCUGAUAUCAUUAUGGUCUCAGACUUGGAGGCCCCGUUCCGAAAGAAACGAGCUGCUGGUAGUGCUGCAGGAGCGAGUUAUGAAAUUGGUUUGAAUGCUGAGAACAUCAUCACCAGGUUCCCUCCAGAGCCUUCUGGUUAUCUUCAUAUUGGACAUGCGAAGGCGGCUUUGCUCAACGAUUUCUUUGCCCACAAACAAUCGGGUGGGACCAUGAUAUGUCGCUUCGAUGAUACAAAUCCAUCGAAAGAAAAUGCAGAAUUCCAGGAUUCUAUCCUUCAUGAUCUUGAGUUACUUGGGAUCACUCCCGACAAAGUGACUUAUUCCAGCGACUAUUUUGACCUUAUGUUCGAUCUUUGCACUAAGUUGAUUUCCAAUGGCAAGGCAUAUGCGGACAAUACCGACAAAGAGAUCAUGAACCAUGAGCGUCGGAAUGGAAUAGCCAGCAAGUGCCGAGAGCUCGGUGUAGAAGAAAGCCUGUCCCAUCUAUCGCAGAUGAAAUUAGGCUCUCCAGAAGGGCAGGGAUGGUGUAUUCGGGCAAAGAUCUCGGUGGAUGACCCUAAUAAGGCCAUGCGGGACCCAGUUAUAUACCGCUGCAAUCCUCAACCACAUCAUCGGACCGGUUCUAAGUGGAAGGUAUAUCCUACCUAUGACUUUUGUGCACCUAUCUUGGAUGCGGUUGAGGGCAUUACUUAUGCCCUUAGAACCAACGAGUACCGGGAUAGGAAUGUUCAGUACUCCUGGAUGCAGAAAGCUUUAGGUCUCCGUGAAGUUACCAUAUGGGACUUUUCUCGACUAAACUUUAUACAAACUGUCCUCUCAAAGCGAAAGCUAUCGCAGCUAGUUGAGAAUAAGGUGGUCUGGGGUUGGGACGACCCUAGGAUGCCAACCAUCCGUGGUAUCAGAAGAAGAGGGAUGACAAUCCCGGCUCUCCGUGAAUUCAUACUCAAGCAAGGUCCAAGCAGGAACAUUCUCAACCUAGACUGGACCUUAAUAUGGGCUAUCAACAAGAAAUUUAUAGACCCCAUUGCUCCUCGCUACACUGCUGUUAACAAGGAAAAUAUGGUCCAUGCCAAAGUCAACAAAGCUGAAGUAUCUUCUGUCAUCAAACAGAAACAAAAACACCCAAAAAAUCCCGAGCUUGGAGCAAGGGAUGUUGUCUACAGUAGUAAUAUCUGUAUCGAGCAAGAUGAUGCAGAAUCGUUUCUUCCCAAUGAGGAAAUUACUCUGAUGGCAUGGGGCAAUGCCAUCGUCCGGGAUAUUGUCAAAGAUCCCAAGACGCAGCUGAUUACCCAUAUUGAGCUUGAUCUCUAUUUAGAAGGUGAUUUCAAGAAAACUAGCAAAAAGAUAACCUGGCUGUCUCAGGAUCAAGACCUCGUUCCUGCUGAGUUGGUCGAGUUUGAUCAUCUCAUUACGAAGGAUAAACUGGAGAAGGAGGACGACAUCAUGUCAUUUGUUAAUUGGAAAUCCGAGGCUCAUUCCUAUGCAUGGACUGAUGCUGCAGCAAAGGAACUUCGAGCAGAUGAUAUUAUUCAACUCGAGCGCAAGGGAUAUUAUCGGGUUGAUCGUGGUUUGUCUGAUGGACAGCCAAUGGUUCUCUUCUCUAUUCCUACCGGCAAGCUAACCUGA